AUGGCCAGCAGCCACACACCCAGGACCAGUGAGAAGGAUCCCAGGUCCUCCUCCAUAGGUCUGGGGUGCGCCCGCAAGAAAGGGAGUCCCCCCACCCCCAGCGCGCGCGCUCCCGCCAGUGUUUUCGGACUGCACCAGCCGGAGCCCGCGGCGGCGCGGCCGGACGGAGGCGCCCGCUCCCGCCGGCCCCACACCCCGCAGCCUCCGCUGUGGCCGCGGCGCUGGGCGCUGGGCGCGCUCCGCACCUGCGGCGGCCACCGGGCGGCCUCCGGCGAUGGCGCGCUGCGGGCCGGGGCCGCGGGCGUCCUGAGCGCUGCGCCGCCGGGGGUGUCCGCGCCGCUGGCCCCGGCCAUGUCGUCGUCCUUCUUCAACCCCAGCUUCGCCUUCAGCUCGCACUUCGACCCCGUCCCGACGCCCCAGCCCCGACGCCCCAGUCCCAACGCCCGCAGCCCCGACGCUGCAGCCCUGAAGCCCGCAGCCCCGACGCCCGCAGCCCUGACGCCCCAGCCCGACGCCCCAGCCCCGACGCCGCAGCCCCGACGCCGCAGCCCCGACGCCCGCAGCCCCGACGCCCCAGCCCGACGCCCCAGCCCCGACGCCGCAGCCCCGACGCCCCAGCCCCGACGCCCGCAGCCCCGACGCCCCAGCCCGACGCCCCAGCCCCGACGCCGCAGCCCCGACGCCCGCAGCCCCGACGCCCCAGCCCCAACUCCCCAGCCCCGACGCCGCAGCCCCGACGCCCGCAGCCCUGACGCCCGCAGCCCCGACGCCCGCAGCCCCGACGCCCGCAGCCCUGACGCCGCAGCCCUGACGCCUGCAGCCCCGACGCCCCAGCCCCGACGCCCGCAGCUUCUGCCAGUGGUCUUCCUGGUUUGUCCUUUGCUUCCCACCGGGGGCUUUUGUUGA